UUCUGGACGAUUCGUGGGCGGGGCGUAAUAUAUCUUGUGUUAUUUUCUUAUUUUUAGCGGGUGUUUAACGUUGUUAGUGGAUAGGUGAUUGCUUAUAAUUUGACUGCGCAGUAGUUAUAUUAAAAUGAGCGACAACGAGAGAGAUUUUAGAGAGCAGGACUCGCAUGCUGGCUCAAGGAGUGUUACCCCACGUGGUUCUCAGAAAUCUACUAGCCAUUCCCCAGCACGCUCUAAGGAUGGCUCACGCCGGUCCAGGUCUCACUCUCAUUCCCAUUCAAGAUCCCGUUCCUAUCGAAGCUCACGACGUUACUACUCUCGCUCUCGCUCCCGUUCUUACCACCGGCGUUCCCGCAGCCGAUCUCGGAGUGGGGAACACCGUCGGCGUCGGAGCCACAGCCAUUCCCCCAUGUCCAGUCGUCGCAGACACGUUGGCAACAGGGCAAAUCCAGACCCCAACACAUGUUUGGGUGUAUUUGGAUUGAGUCUUUAUACCACUGAGAAGGAUCUGAGGGAGGUGUUCUCUAAAUAUGGCCCUCUGUCUGACGUCAACAUUGUAUAUGACCAACAGUCACGUCGCUCCAGAGGUUUUGCCUUUGUCUACUUUGAAAACUCUCGGGAUUCCAAGGAGGCCAAAGAGCAUGCCAAUGGCAUGGAGCUUGAUGGCCGCAGGAUUCGAGUGGAUUUUUCAAUUACUAAAAGAGCCCACACUCCUACUCCGGGGAUCUACAUGGGGCGUCCAACAUUUCAUGGUGGUGCAUCACGGCGUGCGUCUCGGGACUAUGACAGGGGUUAUGAGAGAGGCUAUGAUCGGGAUUAUGAUCGUUAUGAUGAUCGAGAUUACUACAGAUCAUACAGGCGCAGAUCUCCAUCUCCUUACUGCAGCAGAGGGUACCGUUCUCGAUCCCGGUCACGGUCCUACUCACCACGUCACUAUUGAACAAGAGGAGAAAGUUUUCCCCUAAUGCUUGUUUUAUCUUAUGGCCAGGUUAUGUAUUUGAUAUGGAUUGUAGAUGUUUAGGUUAUUAAUGGGAUUCUUUGGUUCUAAAGCUGUAUUUUUGUUUGAUUAUGACAGCUUAUUGAUGUGCCCCUGCCACAGCUGUAUCAUGACAC